AUGAGCACCGGCGAGCUAGGAGCGCGGCGGCUUGUUGCCUUGGCGACCGGCGCGCGGCCCCGCCCCCGCCGAGUCUGGUUCGGACUCCAGUGCCAGUGGGUCCGGUGCAGUGGACGCACGAUGCCCAAGUGGGGCGCGCGGCGGAGGCCGGGCCUCCUGCUCGGCGCGCUUCUGCUGAUCGUGUGCCUCCCGGUGCUCCGCAGCCGGCCCGGAGCCCCCGAGGGCAGUCCCCACGGGGUGAACCCCCCGGCCCCGUCCGACCGGAGCGCCGGCGCCCGGUCGCUCUGCGCCCCCGGCGCCCAGGCACUGCACGCCCGGCCCCGACGUCUGCGCCCAGCCGGGGCUCCCCACCCUACUGCGCAGGGGGUCCGCAUAGAACUGGCCAUCAGACAGGGGCCCAGCGUCCCUCUGCCCCACUUGGGCUGGACACCGAGACCUGAGUCUGGAGGCCAGAGCCAGCUCCCUCCCCUGCCUGACCCCUCUGGCCAGGUCAUCCACCGACUGGGGCCUCUCCCAGCUGUUGGGAACGUGGACGCGGUCCCCAAACUGAACGCUGGUGAGACCCCAAGCCCCCAGGUGGGCAGUUCCGGAGACGGGGUGGCUGAUGAAGCUGGGCCUCAGGAGCGUGUGGCCACGUCCGUCUUCAGAGUGAUGAGGAGAAGCGUGUAUUUCAGUCCCAAGUGUGAGGGUGUCUUCAUCGUGUCCUCCUGGCUCUCCUCAGCGUCCAGCUUGUCUCACUGCUUCCUCCGGGAGAUGGGCUGGCAGGGUGAUGGGGUGGGGGUUGUGUGUCGCGUGAGGGCUCCCUCCCCGCCCAGCCAGUCCUCCGACUCCAGGGCGCACAUUCUGUGGACUCACCUUGCUGGCAGCCCCCUGGUGGGCGCUCCCCGCCCAGACGCCCCUCGGCCACACCCCGUCCUCAGGAACGUGAACCUUGGACGCAGGGGCCCUGAGCGGACGCUGCUCCUAACUGGUCCCUCUCUCCAGGCCUCUGCCCGCGUGCACCCCGACCUCCCUUCUGAACGUAGCCCCGUGUUGAAAGCGUCUGUUCCUCGCUGGCUGGGUGUGAGCGCCGCUGACGCGCGUGUGCUGCGUGGCGGCCUCGAGCUGAACUGGAGCGGCCUCGGCGCCUCGUUGUUGUGGCGCCGGCACCUAGGGCUGCGGGCCGAUGGCCAGAACUUCAAGCUGGAGAACUCGGCCUUCUGGAUCUUCGGGGGCUCCAUCCACUACUUCCGGGUGCCCCGGGCCUACUGGAGGGACCGGCUCCUGAAGCUGCGGGCCUGCGGCCUCAACACGCUGACCACCUACGUUCCGUGGAACCUCCACGAGCCGCAGAGAGGCACAUUCGACUUCUCCGGGAACCUGGACCUGGAGGCCUUCAUCCUGCUGGCGGCGGAGGUGGGGCUGUGGGUGAUCCUGCGUCCAGGCCCCUACAUCUGCAGUGAGAUGGACCUCGGGGGCCUGCCCAGCUGGUUACUCCGAGACCCUGACAUGAGGCUGAGAACAACUUACAAGGGCUUCACGGAAGCAGUGGACCUUUAUUUUGACCACCUGAUGCUCAGGGUGGUGCCGCUCCAGUACAAGCAUGGAGGACCCAUCAUCGCUGUGCAGGUGGAGAAUGAGUAUGGGUCCUACAACAAAGACCCCGCCUACAUGCCUUACAUCAAGAAGGCCCUGCAGGACCGGGGGAUCGUGGAGCUGCUCCUGACCUCAGACAACCAGGACGGCCUGAAGAAUGGCAUUGUGGACGGAGUGCUGGCCACCAUCAACCUCCAGUCACAGUCGGAGCUGCGGCAGCUCACCGCCAUUCUGCUGGGCGCACAGGGCAUUCGGCCCAAGAUGGUGAUGGAGUACUGGACUGGCUGGUUUGACUCGUGGGGCGGCCCCCACUACAUUCUGGACUCCUCAGAGGUCUUGAACACAGUGUCAGCCAUCGUCGAAGCCGGCUCUUCCAUCAACCUGUACAUGUUCCACGGGGGCACCAACUUCGGCUUCAUCGGAGGAGCCAUGCACUUCCAGGACUACAAGCCCGACGUCACCAGCUACGACUACGACGCGGUACUGACAGAGGCUGGGGACUACACGGCCAAGUACACAAGGCUCCGGGAAUUCUUUGGCUCCAUGUCAGGGGUCGCCCGAGGCGAGGUGGCCUUUGUCAGUCGGCCUCGCCCCCGUUUCCUAUCCAUGCAGCCAGUCACCUCGGAGCACCCAGUCAACAUGGAGAACCUCCCGAUCAACGGGGGCAACGGGCAGUCCUUCGGGUACACGCUCUAUGAGACCACCAUCACCUCAUCCGGCGUCCUCAGCGCCGUUGUGCGUGACCGCGGACAGGUGUUCCUGAACACGUUCUUCCUGGGGAUCCUCGACUACAAGACGUCGACGAUUAUCAUCCCCAUGGUCCAGGGUGCCCCGUGCUGCCCACAGGGGUUCACGACGCUGAGGAUCCUGGUGGAGAACUGCGGGAGGGUCAACUACGGGGACAGCAUCGACCAGCAACGCAAAGGUAUCAUUGGAAAUGUCUAUCUGAACGAUUCUCCCUUGAAAAAAUUCAAAAUCUACAACCUGGAGAUGGACAGGAGCUUCCUGCGGAGGUUCACUGGAGACAUGUGGAAGCCUGUCACGGAACAGCCCCUGUUCCCUGCCUUCUUCCUGGGGGCACUGUAUGUCUCGGACCCCCCGUACGACACCUUCAUGAAGCUGGAGGGCUGGGAGAAGGGGGUCGUGUUCAUCAAUGGCCAGAACCUCGGCCGCUACUGGAACAUCGGGCCCCAGGAGACCCUCUACCUCCCCGGUGCCUGGCUGGACACAGGCUUAAAUAAGAUCAUGGUCUUUGAGGAGAAGAGGGCGCAACAGAUAAUCCAUUUCGUGGACAUGCCCAGCCUGGGCCAGCACGAGUACCUGCACUGAGCCGCCCAGGCCUGCGACCCCGCUGACCGGCCUGUGCCCGCUCUGUCCA